AUGCCAAAAGCUAGAGAGCUACAAGUAUCCGACAGGUUACACAUUUACGAAAGAAGAAUGGAAAGAAAAAGUUUGCAACAAAUUGCACAUGAGUUUAGAAUAUCAAAAGAAGGUGUUAGAAAGAUAUGCCAAAAAUUACAAAAGACAAGUAAACUUGAAAAUUCGGUGAGAUCGGAUAGAAAAAGGAAUACAACUGCUCCCGAAGAUCGGCUAAUCACUGAAGAAGUAAAAAAAAAUUCGUCCAUUACAGCACAACAAAUUAAAGAAAAUUUUUAUCUACCAAUAUCGAUCACGCAAAUCAAAUCUCGCAUUAAUGAAAGCAAUAUUUAUGGACGGAUAUCUAGAAAUAGACCAUACAUUUCAAAAAUGAAUGCACUGAAACGUCUAAAUUUUGCUAAAGAACAUUACAAUAAGCCGAUUUGA